AUCUCUACUCCUUACCUUCCGCUUAUUUCCCUCCGAAGGAUACCCACUUUACCCUCUUCCCUCGCAGUGGAUUUUGUUUCCUUCCCCUCCUAACUCCGAAGCGAAGGCAGCCGUCACAGGCCACAGUUCACGCGAUGGAGGUCGGAGGAUCAGAUUCUGAUGGCCGCGAGUUCAAGAACGCCGACGAGAUGUGGAGGGAACAGGUCGGUGAUCCCAGCAAGAAGACCGACUGGUACCACCAAGGCGUUGGCUAUUGGCAAGGCGUCGAGGCAUCGGUGGAUGGGGUUCUGGGAGGGUAUGGGCAUGUGAAUGAGGCGGACGUUCAUGGUAGCGAAGCUUUUCUCAAGACCCUCUUGACUGAAAGAUACCCCAAUGCUGGCACAGACGGCCACCUCGUUGCACUUGAUUGUGGUGCUGGCAUUGGAAGAGUCACCAAAAAUCUUCUCAUAAGAUAUUUCAAUGAGGUUGAUCUUCUCGAACCUGUUUCACAUUUCUUAGAGGCUGCCCGUGAAAAUUUGUCUCCUGAAAAUCAUAUGUCCCCAGACAUUCACAAAGCCAACAAUUUUUUGUGUAUGCAUCUUCAGGAAUUCACUCCGGAUGCAGAAAGAUAUGAUGUUAUAUGGGUGCAGUGGUGCAUUGGGCAUCUUACAGAUGAUGACUUUGUGUCAUUCUUUAAGAGGGCUAAGGCUGGCCUAAAACCUGGUGGAUUCUUUGUUCUGAAGGAGAACAUAGCAAAAACUGGAUUUGUGCUCGAUAAUGAAGAUCGAAGCAUCACCAGGUCUGAUUUAUACUUUAAGGAGCUCUUUCGUCAUUGUGGACUACAUCUAUACAAAUCAAAGGAUCAAAGGGGAUUGCCUGAAGAAUUAUUUGCUGUAAAGAUGUAUGCAUUAACUACUGAUUCACCAAAGAAGGUUUGCAAGACCAGAUCUAAAGGGCAAGCCAAUAGACCUAGAAUCAUCAAGUGAAGUAGCAUAGAAGGAGCUAGGCUUUCUCAACCAAACAGAGAUUUUGUGACUUGUAGAAUUUGAAGACUAGUCCAGGUCUGCAAUUUGCUAGAAUACUCUGCCCUCAGAUUCUUGUAAAAUUCUAUCUUUUCUACCUUGUUCAUGUAUUGUUAGUUUUGUGAGUUUAACCAGCUUUUAUUCACCCACAACUUCUAUACUUUGUUCCAAAGCUACAUAUUAUAUUUUUUUUCGGUUGUAAUCAUGCCCAUCACUGUAAAAUAAUAGCCUUGAAGGCUCUGUUUACGUUGGUUCC